AUGAGACGAAAGAGAAAAGAGGACGACGUUUAUGCUGCGAGUUUGAUGAAAUUCACCUCCGGGAUUUGUAAGAUGUUUCUGCUGCCGAAGUGGUGGAUUAUUUGGAUGUUUUUCCUGUCAGGUAGGUUCUGUAGAUGUUGCCGGACUUUGUAUGAGGCGCUGUAACAGGUUGCUAAACUCUGGGUUCUGUCUGAAGCAGCUGCUGUUUACUGCAGUCUGAACAAAUGUAUCUGGAAAUUUACACACCAAUAUGACCUCUUUAGCUCUUAACAGUUAGUACAUUUGGGUUUAAUUUUUGUCUACAUAUAUGCUUAUUAAAAGAGUAAUACUUACUCCGUGUAUUUACUCUGAAGUAUUUCAAAAGUACGGUUGCAGCUUUGGUUUGUUUGUUUGUGUAAAUUGAAGUUAUACUCACAGGUUUUAAGGUUGACUGUUAUUCAGUCAUGUGUGAAUAAUCUGGCUAGAAGCUUGGUGAAGCUGUGGAUUAGGAGGCGUAAUUUACGAGAUUAACAAGAUUCCUGAGUGAAAUCACAGCUGGUUACCUCUUAGCUGGUAUAAAACAUUUACCUUUCAUUGUUGUGUCUCAAACCUUUGAAAACAUUAUUGGAUAUACUCAGAUGGACAGAUUUUUCAACGCAAUAUUUAGGUUAAUUUAAGAUUUUAGUGCCUAAAAUUUAGGCAAUCCUUGUAAAAUGUGUAAAAUUGAUGGUUUGCAAAUGAUUUAAGGUCUGAAUUUAAUUGAAAAUAGUGAUGAGACAGUUUCUCAAGUGAUUAAUGCAUCAUUAUUACAGUUUUAUGAAAAGUAUAACUCUUAAAAAGAUGGUAAAUCUCCUCCUGGCUAAAUGAAGAUAAAGUAAAUAAGUUAAAAAAAACUGUUUGAUUCUGGCAACACUUUUUAAAACAGCCUCAACAGACAGAACUCUAUAAAAGAUGUGCUUUGUGAGAAGAAAAAAUGAAAUAAAAUAAGAAAACAGGUAGAAAAUCUUCCAAACAAUGAAGUCAGUUUGCAACAAGUGAAUAACAUGAGCAGGUAUAGAAGGACAUGUCCAAGAGGCUGAGUCUGUCAGCGGUUAAGAUGGGAUGAGGUUCACCACUUGGCGAGAGACUGUGCCAGCAACUGGUUCAAUUCAAGACGAAUAAACCAAACAUAAAGUUAAAAGAAUUUUUGGAUUAUAGAGCAGAGUUUUUCCUGAGAACAGCUUUUGUGGACUAGAAGAAAAAAAGGCAGUUCAUCUUCCCAUCCAUGACUAUAGCCUGUAUAACGGCAAAUGACUGAACGUCAUGCAGUUUUUUUGUCUGUCUUCUUCGGUGAAAUCAGAACAGCAAACACUGAAUACCACAAAUAGAACUAUUUUAACCAUGCAGGCGUCAGUAUGCUCUCUCCUUCUUCUCUUGCUUUCAUUUUCUCCUGUAGAGAUGGUUUUGUCAGAUAGCUAAUAAAACCUGGAUUGCCCUGCAGCCUGAAAUCCCAGAAAGACCCAGACCUUUUUUUUUCUUUUGGUCUCAGUUCCUAGAAGUCAGAGUUAUAUUCUCCCUCAGGAAUGCAUGUUAGAGUUAGCGUGGAUCUUCUUUGUCUGACUUUCAAUGAUAUGUUGGGCAAUUCACCAUCCAAGGCAAACAGUUUAAAACAGAACCAAACUAGUUUCAGAUGUCACACUUUCAUCCUGUUAACUUCUUUUUAGUUGACUUUUGUUUUUUUUUGUAGCUCAGCGAGGCCAUUAAGUAUGACCUUUAACUGAUUUAUAUUUUAAAGGAGAAAUAAUAGGAUUAAACAAGAAUUACUAAAAGUUCAAACAAGUAUCACCAACUAGAAAAGUUUCCAAUAUUGCAUUCAAAUAAAAACUUUGUCUAAACUAGAGACAACAGUUAAAAAAACUACACAGAGAAAUAUCUAAAGGAGAGAAAUCUGUCUAUUAUUGAAUUAACAAACAUGUCUAUAUUCAACUUGUUGAUUAUCUACAGCUUACCCAUACAUAGACGAUACCUGGGUGGGCCGACCAUGCAUUUUUUGGCCACCCCAAGUAUAUUCUCGGACUAUUUUUACUUUCAUUUUAUUGAUAGAAGAUCACUAUUCAUGAUUAAUAUUCAGCACUUAAACAUGUCUCCUGUCCCUCGAAACACUACAUCAUAACAGGCCUCUUCUACUCAUGAAUCAACUGUUUGUUUUGACCAGCCUUCCUCAAAAAUGUUUUUAUAUUUAUGCGUGAUAAGGACAGAGCAGGUAUCAGUAAAAACAUGCUGCUGUGAAUAUAUCAGUGUUGGUGUUUUUAUAAAAGCACUUCUCAGAAACCCAUUGAAGGUGUUUGUUCAGGUUUGCUCGCUCUUAAGGAGAGGGAGGAAAUUCUUUCAUCAGGUCUGGUCUGAAUUACGUGGAGCAGCUCUCUCUCAUCCCUGAUCACUGGUCCACUUCAUUCCCACCUCCCACUGCUCAGCCUGAGAAACACACACACAGAUAUCCACAUGCACAGAUGUUUCAGGGUGUGUGUGUGUGUGGGUGUGUUUUUCCUCACAUGGUCACCUCUCUAGUGUGUGUUGCUGUUGAACUGUGGAGCUUGAGCUCCCGGUCAUCAUGUGACGCAGAGUCUUGCAGCUUCAGGCGCUCCUUCACAACUGCAGGUCGCCUUAGCUCACACAGUUGCCAAAAUGCAAGAUGGAUCUUCUGAGAGGAAAACAAUGAUUUGUCAGAUGUUUUUAAAGUGAGUAAAUAAGAGCAGGUGUCUCCUUAGAGCUAAAGCAGGUAUCUGAAUCACUGUGUUGCUGUCUGCUGUGGUAAUCCUUAGAUCUCCCUCAUUGCACAGUCCCUGUUAUUACCUAAACCUGCUUUGGUUGCCACAUCUUUGAGGUGUUUGCUCAGGCUGCAUGCAUACUGAAACCUCCUCACAGGAGCUUUAAGACGUUUAGUUUAAAUGUGAAAACUGUGGAUCUUUGAACCCUGGCAAUAAGGUGUAAAGCAUUCAAAAGUACCUCUCUGGUGCCCCUCAGCUUAGAGUUACAAUCAGUGCUGCUGCUCUGACUGUUGACCAGCCAAACUCCUGUUCCCCACCUCCUGUUGUUUUAGAAACACCAGCAUGCACCUCCUGAGCUUACAUUCAUCUCCUUCUCCUGUUUACAACCUUCCGCCCCAAGCAAAGACGUUUGCUGGUCUCCUUCCGAAAUAAUCCCUCAUUAAUCACUUCUAAUGAACUCCAGUCACUGAUUGGCGCUGAGUAUUUCCUGUUAGAGUCCCACAAACACUUAAAAUGUAAAGAUCAACCUGACUCUGUUGUUUUUUAACCCUUUCUAAUUUCACUCUUCAGUGAUCCUCCUCAAUCAUCCUCUCCUCCUCCUCUCUUAGGUGUCCUCCCUCCUGGUUGUUCAGGCGUUCACGUGUUCGUAAGAGAUGAGAAGAGGUAUGCCGUGCUGUUCCAGUCUGUGGUUCUACCCUGUCACUACAACAGCGUGUCCACGCAGACCCCAGUGGUGCAGUGGGUCUACAAGUCGUACUGCCGAGACCGCACGCGGGAUUCAUUCAAUUACCCAGACAGCCUGGGUGGAAGCCUGGGAGGAGGCGGGCUGACGGGCGGAGCAGGGGGAGCUGUUGGAGGAUACGAGACCGCGAUGACGGCGAGCUACCUGGACUGUGCUGACAGCAGUCGGACUGUCCGAACUGUGGCCUCCAUCUCUGGCUCCUCCAUCACACUGUCAGAGUACUACAAGAACAGAGACAUCUCCAUCAUCAACAGUAAGGUUUUCUAUAUAUUAAAAACUCUUGAAAAAGUGGUGCAAAAUUCACAUGUGAGGAAAAAAACAAUGAGGGAUAAGAGACAUCAAAGAUAACACAACUCACAACUUUAAAACCAAAAGACCAGACCCUUUUAAACCAAGCUUUUUUCCACAUUUUUGGGGUUUAGUGGACUCAAGUUUUGCAUUCUCCUACUACCUGUAAAUCUGAGCAUUUGCCCACCUUGCACACAGAUUUCUGAUAAAAUUCCCGGAGUGAUUCUGCAUAUCUGUAGAGGACAGUGAGAGGCAGGCGAGGCUUUACUGAGCGUUUAAGAGCUCUCUGAACAAUCAGGUGAUAUAACUCUACUCAUUCUAGGGUUUGGCACGAGAAGAAAAGAGAGAAGUGUCACGUGUUGAAGACAGUGAGCCUGUUUCUGAGGGGAGAAAAAAGACAGCACUUGGCAUUUAGUCAGACAUCACCAGUCAGCCAGAUACUAAAGCAUGGUAUAGAAACCAAGUAUAAUGCAGUCAGUGUUUAAAAGUAUGAUGGAUGUAAGAUCAGUCAGUACAAAGUACAGAAGUAGGAUCAAAAAUAUCAGAUGUAGGAUAUAAAUAUAACAGGGUUACAACUUUCUGUGUCUGCUGUUGUUGACAAAGUUGGUAUCAGAAGUCCCGCCUCCUCUUGAGUUUAAUUGGUCAGUGAUGGGAGAGUGACAUAGGCUGUGAUAGCUCCAGAAGAUGAAUUUCUAUAAGAGUCCUGAGAGCAUCGGGACAACAGCAGCAGACACAGAUCAUAGCAGGAUCAUUCAAGAUGACUGUGCAUAUAUCUUUCAGUUAAACAUAAAGAGGCAGUAUGGAACGUUUUAAAAACCUUAUUUAGUUUUUGUAACGUUUUAGUUAUCAGUUUCAUUUGUGUCUAAGAGGAGGAGACCUGUACUACAGUUUCAGAAAGCCGAGAAACCAAAAUAUAGUAACACGAAACUCAGUUCAAGCUCCUGUGAGGAACUUUUGGUUAGUGUCCAUUUUGGCGCCCCCUGUGGACAAAGCUAUCCUUGCUUCACCUUGUCCUCUACAUACUUCAAAUGUAACUACUUCAAAUGUAUCAUUGAUUGUGAUUAUUGGGAACUGUAAAACUGGGCUGUUUCUUCAGCCACCCAGCUGACACCUGACCCCCUUUUCAGGCAAUUUCAGGCAUAAAAAAUAAAACAUAAAAACCGAGAGUAUCUAACAUCAAGGAUCAUUCGAAGGACACUACCUCUGUGUGUGUGGUUGUGUGUGUAUGAGUGUGUAGCCUUGUUUGCAGGCCUCAGAUUUAUGGAGCUCUAACUCAGGCUGAAGAAUCGAGCUUCUCUUCACCAGCCAGGAGCGCAGACAAAAGAAACGGUUUUCACGCUGUCCCCUCAUUCAUCCUGACCCCUGGUCUUUCUCUCUGAUGUACUUCAAUGUCCUGCUUUUAUUUAUGACCCUCCACAUCCCUCCACAUCCCACCAUCCACACACACACACACGCACAGACAUGUUGUUAACAGUGCUAGACUUGUCUGUCACUUUUUCUUUUUAUCUCUUCUCAAACAGCUCAGUGCAGCGAAGGAACAAAAAAACUGAAAGCUUUAACUAUGUUGCCUGUAGAGACGCCCAGCCAUCCAUACCCAUGUAAUCCUAUUCAGGGUCAGAGGGAUUCUGGAGUCUGUCCCAGCAUGCACUAGGCAGGGGGUGCACUGUAAAUCACAUGGCUAACACAGAUUAAACCCCCUACUUUCUCCUUCAUUUUCAAGUUGGCACCCAUUCAACUGACAUGAUGUGUGUAGAAAGUGGGAGUUACACAGAAGCACAAAAACGUUUUAAUAUGGUGUCCCUGCAAAUAAAAGUAACAAUUAUUAUUGGAAUAAAGUAUAGCUAUACUGAAUGACUGGAGGCACCAUUUGUUGAGGAGGGGUAGGUCAAAGUGGUGAGCUCUGACGGGCCCGUCUCUCCUUCCCUUUCCCUCACCAACAGGAAAAGGAAGUGAAUUAUACAACCCAUUUCCUGUCCGCUGUAUCUACAUGUCUGACCCACAAUGGAGUCAGCAGCCAAGUAUUGUUGGAUUCUCCGGCAGGCUAUAUUUGGGUUUGUGGAUAUGCAUCAUGUUGGUAUCCUACUUCCAGACUUAGAAAACACUCAAAACAACAGUUGUCUGCAUUAUAAAUUAAGUAUUUCAGUGGUCUGGGUUUUUUUUAAGAGAACUGGACUUCAUAUCUCUGAUCUCAACCCGUCUUAACACCUGGGAGACACCUGUGAGGCAGUGCAGUAAAGACAACAUGAUCGCUUCACCUUACUAAUGCUUUUCUGACUGAAUGGGAACAAAGUCACCACAUUAACCUUAUAUGGAGAGUCUGUCCAGAGUUGUGAAUAUAGCAGCAAAGAAAUGAUCACAGUUUAGUAUUCAUGUAGAUGACUUUACCGUAUCUUGGGAGUUUUUAAAGUAGCUACAGUUUGCAGAAAUGCUCUCAGCUUACAGUGGAUAUUGAGUUUUCUGUAGUUACAGUAAACUACCAACGUACCUUUGCUUUUGAACAUGCAUGUUGCACAAAGAAAUUCAGCAUUUUCUCAAACUUGAUUAAAGGACUCCUGCUCACCUUGAGAAGGCCAUUUGAAAAUUAGUAGUGACGCUUAAAAAAGAUAGUAUUUACAGAGAUGUGAACUUAAAAAGGUUGAAGAUGACAGUAGAGAUCUUGGUCUCUCAAUCCAACCAUAGUCCUUGUUCAUUUUCGCUACUUCAAACCAUAAACAUAGGGCUGUGGGCAAACUUUAGAAAUUUAUCACACGGAACAUAAAUUUUUCUCCCCCCUGAUUGCGAUGUUGACAUGUAGUUAUUGUAAGACUGGUUUGGCACAUCGCUACUGCGCAGUGCUGGUUUCAAGAAAUGAAGAAAGAUCCUGGAAAUACUGAGAGCUUUUUGGCUUCAAAUCCAUAUACAGGCGGGAGGCGGAACCAAGUUGUCCAUAGUAUAUACAGUCUAUACUUCAAACCUUAUUAAGGAACUCUUUGUGAAUUCAUGUUUACUGAGUAUAAGGAAACUGUUUCAAGUACCAGACCUUAACCCCCUGAAACCCAACAGAUCCUCAAUGCCAUAGUCAUCUCAUAAAAGUUAAUACAAACAUAACAACAGGAUAAACUUUGAUUUGAUUUUUGUUUCUUUUUUUUUGAUGUCCUGUAGAGGCAGACCUUCGCAUAGGAGAGGUCCAGUGGGGAGACAGUGGAGUUUACAUCUGUAAAGUGGUGAUAUCUGAUGACUUGGAGGGACAAAACGAGGCCUCUGUGGAGCUGCUGGUUCUGGGUAAGAUGGCUCUAAUUUCCCAACAUGACUUUGUAAAAAAUGUGGCACAAUCAAGCAACGAUGGCAUCACAUUACAGUAUCUCUUAUUAGAUGAUACUUUCUUAUAGCACAUUUCAAACUUAACAAGACCUUGAUAAACUGACCCAUUCAUCACCAGCAGUACAAUACAGUCCCCUUUAUGAGCUGAUUUAUAACAAGAGGUGACGCUUCCUGGUCAGGCUCGCCUAAUCAGUAACCAUGGCAACAGCUGUAUUCAAACUGUAUGUCACUGUAUUAAACAAAGUUAAAAGACUAUUCACACUGCAGUCAUUCACACAAAUAUUUACCGUUAAAGUGUGUGUGUGCAUGUGUGUCUGUGUGUGUCUGUGUGUGUCUGUGUGUGUCUGUGUGUGUAUGUGGCAUGUCAGUGUAUAAGUGUUUGGCUUCCCUGUGUCCCAUGUUGUAAUGUGUCGUACCUUCGCAUUGUCAGUGUACUUGUGUGCCCUCAGUUACAAAUGUUACCAUAGCAACAGCUGAGAGGCUAUUGGCUCUUGGUGCUCUAAUUCACUCUGAGUCUGAACUUUUGUUUGGCCGGCACUCAGAGACAAAUGUGUGUGCAAAAAGACACGCACACACUUGGAAGUACCCACAAAUACACACACAAGUACAGAACAACAAGCUUUAACCGUUCCAAAAGCUCUGAGUACUUUUUCUGAGUACACUCUGAAUGUGUUAAAAUGAUCAUUUUAGCUUCUUUAUAAUAAUUUUAUCAAAAUAAUUGUAGGAUUAAAUAAUGCCAGCCUUCACAGUCUUCCUCCCAACAUGAGGGGAGUCCACCACUGAGCCAGCAUACUUUGUAUUUCCCGGGCCGGGUGUAGCUAAUAUGGCAUGUGAGGCACUUGCAGUGUUUCCAUAACAACAGUUGGGGCCACUGUGAGUGGAGGUGGGGGUCUUUUGUCUUUUCACAGUGAAGGGCUUCACAGCAAAGAAGACAGGGAAGAUAUAAUGAUGUGGAGGAGGGACAGCAGAGCACUGUGACACAAAGGAUGGGAGGUUACACCAAAUGGGACACUCAGCUGAUGCGUGGACUGCUGGUAUUUGUAGGAGCAGCUAGAUAGAGAGCACUUUUCUGCUUCUUAUUAUUUGAAGUUUUGUAGGACAGAAUCAUCCCUCUCAAUAUUUUUUUGCACACAGCUUAAAUAAAACCCUUUUAUCCAUGGUCACAUCUUUGACGGCCCAUUAUCCUAAAACAUUUUAGCAUUUAGACAAACAUAUGUCAGGCUAAAACUUGAAUUAAGAGGCUGAAAUCGGUAUCCAAUAAAACUUGGCAGGAUAUUUCAGAGAUUUUAAGUCACUGUUUCUAUAUUUUUUUAGUCAGCAAGGACUGUAAAGUAACUCAUUAGCAUGAUGUAAUUCAAUUUUUUUUUAACAGACAUCCAGAUUGUUUACGAUGUAUAUUGAUUAACAAUCAUACGAAAUUGGCGACUGUAUCAGCCUUUUAAAUUAAGCCCAUUUCUGAUUAAAUCCCUGAGAUGAAAAUUAAAGAAUGAACUCAAAAUUGACAAUUUGUAUUAUACGGAUGAAACUCUUACAAAACUCUGUUAGUAUUUUUGUUGUUUGAUUCCUCAGGGAUCCAGAGAUGAAUUAACAAAAACACUUUGCCUCUCUUAGAAACAGACGAUUACUCAGCUUUCUCACUAAUCAAAUGUCUCUGUUUAAUACUUGUUCCUGAUUGGUCAAAAGCCCAAAACAGCUGUAGUUUAUCGUGGAUAGUGAUAGCAUCGCUAGAGGCAACCUGAUCUACUCAUCUUGUUAACAAUGUAGCAAAAAAGUUAGAGAACUUAGAGAAUAUUAGUAAAAUUACUCUUGAUUUAUAAGGGAAGCACAAAAAUUUCUUUCAGUUUUUAAGGGCUGAUCGGUCACUUUCUUGCUCCCCUUCAUGUUCAUCUCAGUAGUAGAAGUACAAAACCAUAUAGGGGACAACAAGCAAGCCAUAAUAUAUGAAAGGUAAAUCUUGGUAAAUCACCAGCCUGCAGGCAAACUCAUAAAAGGCUGGAGACUCUACAAGCAUGCUGAGUUCAUGUGUUUCAGCAUGAAGGACACAGACAACACAACAGUCGGCCUUUUAUGUACAAACACCUGUACAGUAAAUAUCAGCAGCUUGUUGUUUGAUCCGUGUGGUUUUUCAGCUCUUUUUCUGUAAUUUUCUGUUUCCAACCAGUGAAAGAACAAGGUAAAAGGUACUCCGUGAGGUAUGUGCAGACAGUCAGGCGAAGAUGGUCAGCCUACUCUCUGUUUUUCAGUCUUUUUUUCCCUCUACUCAGCACUUAUCCCCACUCUCUGCAGUUUAUCACACUAUGCACCGUAAAACACUGUCUGCUCACAUCACACUCACCUACUGGCUGCACCACCCAGUCACAGACUCCCAAACAAAACACACACGCACAUUUUUGACUCAGCUUGUGACUGAUUGCCUUUUAUCUCGUAAGUUGACAUCCGCUGGCCUUGAGUGGAACUCCUUACAUUCGUGUUAGCAAAUGAAAUAAGAUAGACAAAACACCAGAUGUGAUAUUAGGAAUAACAACAGACAGGUGAUGGUGGUUUUUAGGGUAUGGAGUUAUAUUUGUUGCUUAAUUUGUAACUCACAGCUAUGAGUGGAAAAUUUCAAGUGUUGUCAAUUUCCAGCAUUAUAACAAUAUCCAAACCUUACUACAAUGUGAACAUUUAUGUCUUUAUUUCUAAUUUAAAUCAAAAUACCAUCAGUAAACUCAGGAGUGUGAUUGAUUGCUUGCUUGCUUGUCUUUCUGCUGCAGUGUCUGAAAUGACAAGCAGGAUGAUUUGUAAUAAUGGAGUGUUAUUCUAAAGAAGACAAAAGGACACCCGGUUUCAUUCAAGGGAUAUCAUCCCAUCCAAAUAGCAGGGAAACGAAGACAAAGUUAUUGUUUGGAGAACAGAGUGUCUCUCGCUGGUCUGUUCGCUGGCUGUAGAUGUGGGGAAUGUUCAGAUCUUGUGUUUCUGGCGGCUCUGCAUGUAACAUUACUCACAGCUCCUCAUGUUUUCUUCAUGAGAAUGAUUCAUGUUCCAGUCUGUCUUUUUACCAGAAAAAACAACCCCUCAGCUUUCAAUAUCAGGAAUCAGAUGAUAAGUCUGCUGACACAGCGCUCUGAUAUGAAGACUUUCUGGAACAUGACCUGGACGUUUUCUGAUGCAUGCUGCUGUGGACCUGUCUGCUUUCUUUAUCUAUCUACGUCUCUAUUCUCUCUGCGUCUCGCUCUUUUGUCUUGAUUCUCUCUUCAUGCAUGCGGCUGCGAUAGCUUGAAUCAAUCAUGUAUGUCAACGCCAUUCCUUCUCCUGUCCUCCUCUGCUCUGUCUCUCUCCAGGUUUUUCUUGGGUGCCUGAAGAUCUCCUGCCAGACUUUGAUUUGAAGAUUAUGCCAGGUAGGGGCAUAAUGUAUUCUCCCCCUAACCUUGUGCUUCCUAUUUACACUAACCCUACUAACUGCUUCAACCAUGUUAGAUGGCGGUAGUUGGGGUUAGUCCCCGGGAACGAUUCUCCCUCACAGUUUGAGAAAAGUGUCACCUGAGAUUUCAGUCAUGAACCUUGUUCUAACAAAAUAGGGCCAAACAUUAAAUCUAGACUUAAACCCCCUUUUUAAUAGGGGUGGGAAUCACAGAGUCACUCAUGAUACAAUCAAUAUAUAAUAUGGUAUGAUAUGAUUCCAUAGCAUACAUCAACUAAAAGCAAUACAGUAGUGUAAAUUAUAAUGAGUUACAAUACAGUAAAACUUUACUAAGUUACAAUGCAAUUCAAUAUGAUACCUUAUGGUGCAAUAUGAUACAUAACAUUAACAUAAGAUAAGAUAAGAAGAACUUUAUUUAGCCCUAAAGGGAAAUUCAAUAAUUUGUAAUGAGAGAUUAAAAUUGUUGAUUGUUUUAUGGAUUAUCAAUUCAUGAUAUGAUAUGAAAAGUUACAAUAUGAUACAUGAGAUUAUGGCACGAUAUGACAUGAAACACUGGGAGAAGUUAUCAUACCAUACAGUUUGAUUCUAUACAAUACAGUACCACAAGAUACAAUACAAAACAUUAUGAUACUAUACAACAUGAAACAGUCCUAUACAAUACAAUACAUUACAUUAUUACACAUCACAACAUAAUACAACAUGAUAAGAUUCAAUAUGAUAAAAUGAAAUUCUAUAUUAUACUGUACAGUAGGAUGAGAUGAUGAGAAAUACAAACUUGUCAUACUAAUCCAUACCAUUUGUUAUUUUAUGGAACAUUUUGUUAUGGUUUUGUACACUAUGAUAUGUUUGCCUUGAAUUUUCCUUCAGGGAUCAAUAAAGUUUUUUUUUCUUAUCUUAUCUUAUGACACAAUAUGCUACAGUACCACAUUUGAUUAGCAUUGAAAUAAGAAUAGGAUGAGGAAUUCUGCACUUAGCUGACACCAGAAGAUUUAGUGCAGAGUUGAUAGCAUUAGCACCACCAUGCUGGGUAAUGGAGUAUUCACAGAGCGAGUCAAUAUGAAAGGGGAAUCUUUUUAUAAAGAGCUGCAUUAUUUCAAAAUCAAAAUGUCCAAGUGAUAUGAUAACUGUACCCCAUGAAUCAGGAGGAUGAUUACCAUAUUGACAUUUCUUUCCUUGUUUCUUAAACAUGUGCUCCUUUGGUAAUGACUAACAGCUUUGAUACUGUCGGACAUUCCCUACUCAUAUGUAAGCAAAUGUAAUACAACAGCUACAAUGACCCUUGCUAAUGUUGACACCAGAGUGGUUUUCAGCUCAACAGAUCGACACACCCUGUCUAAUAAUGAGAUGGUCAUCACUCCCUCUUAGAUGAGUUCCCUGUGCUGGAAAACAGCUAUUAUAGUCAUUAUGGUUAUUUAUGGCUGUGGUUAGCAUGUCAUCCUACAUUAUUUGGACACGACCCAGUAAAAAAGAAGUGAUGAGAAGGAGGGAGGUUUGUUUAUGGUCAAGUCAAAUUCCAGUAAUACUUUUUUUAAUUAUCAGGGUUUGUGGGAAUAUGAUGGAUGAAUGAAGCUUCAAUAAGAAGAAAUGAUUCACUCAUGCAGGAGGGUUUCUGCACGCUUAUCUCUGGUGUUCGUGGAGCAGCAGCACCAUUUGUUAUCCAAACUGACUCCCACAGUUCCCUGAAAAGUCUAAAAGUAAAGUGCUUUCUGCAGUCGUGGUGUAUGUGUGUGUCUGUGUAUUUGUAGAGGUGAUAACGGUUACAAAUCAGAUCACGUUACAAGCUAAUUUGUUGUCACAGCCAAACUCUCAGUAUCUUACAGAGCUAUGUAAACUGUCCCUUUCCUUCCUGUGGCAGAAUCAGAUUUCCUGUGUGUGUGAGAGAGUUUGUGUAUGUGAGUGCAGAGAGAGAAGAUGUUGUUUCUGGUUUUACAUUGUUAGAGAUUUCCUUAUCUGCCCUCUCCUUCCUUUUCCUUUGCUUCGUCCCCAUAGACAGAUACAUCUAGUUUAUCUCUUCUACUUGCUGUAUCACUGAUUUCCUCUCUUGAAUGCUCCAACAUUAUGAGUAAAAUCCUUUUUCUUUUCUCGCUUGUUCUCUUGUAAAGAUUGUAUUUAUUCUGUGUCCUGUCAAAGACACAUGUUUGCAGACAAAGCUGCCUCCUCCCCACAAGUGAAGCUCAAGUAUUGGGGGGGUAAUUGUCUGUGUUUAGUCAGAGUUUGAGCCUCCUGUUUCCUACAAAGAUCACAUUAAAGGGAUAUUCCGUCGUAAAAUUAAAUUAGGGUCAACCAUACCAAAACAUCGAGUUAGACACCCCAUUGAGAGAUGAAUGUUGCCGACCGCUUGCUUCUCUAGUUAGACCAACUUUGGUAAUGACCGCAGAUAGCAAUACACAGCGGUCUGAGGAGCUAUAAACAAACCUCAAACAAAACGCCACUCUGUAGGCACAAAUAAUGCUCAGAACAGCACCUAACUUCAUCAACAGUACAUAUAGGGUCCAAGCCACAGCACUACCCACCAAGCCUCUUUUUAGCUUUGCCUAAUUUCUUUAGCAAAGAGACUAAACACAUCUCACCUACUCUCUUCCAGCAGCUACUUGUUUGUAGCGAGACCUAGACCAGUCCAUUACAGACUGCUAUGGGGGUGACGCAGCUCAAGGAAGAACAUUUAUGAUCAUUACUUUAUCUUUUCCUUGAAGUAAUACUUACAUCCUUGGUAUGAUCUGAUCAAACCAAACUGUUCUCGUGUCAGUAUGUAUGAGUCUUUAUUUACUUGAAGUGUUUUCCCCUCCGUGUGUAUUUCCAGAGUGGGUGUUUGUGGCUGCAGUGGCACUGGGCAGUGUCUUAUUCCUGCUGCUGGUUGGAGUUUGUUGGUGUCAGUGCUGUCCUCACUCCUGCUGCUGCUACGUCAGCUGCUGGUGCUGCCCUGACACAUGCUGCUGCCCUCGACACUGUGAGUACAGAUCCACGGACAAAAACUCAAACUCAUUUUGGAGAGUGUUUUUGUUUUUACUGAAAAGUUUAAAUGGUUUCUCGUUAAUUUGAUUUUUUUUUUUACAGUAUAUGAAGCAGGUAAGGGUAUAAAGACGGGUACCUCCACCCCUCAGUCACCUGCUUACCCUCCAUACUUUGUCACUGGCGUCCCAACAAUGGUUCCUAUUGCCCCACCGUCCCUGGUGGACAAGAUGUCGACUGUCACUCCUUCUGAUGGCAGCAUACUCGCAACAGGUGAGGUCUCUUUCAGGAGCAGUGACCUAUCAGUUUUUCAGUGUCAGUGUUCGAUGAAGUUGCUGUAGGUCAAGAUUUUGGGUCAUGUUUUGUACUUUUGUGCUUAGUCUUACUGUUAGUUCUUGUGAUUCACCAGUUUUGAUUAGAAACAUUAGAAGUCCACACACAGCACAUGAACCUUCACAAAGACAGACUGAAGUUUUCCCUGCUCAUGAGUCAGGUGUGUAUCUGCAGUGCCCAUGCAUGCUGUAGGGGUUCCCUACCGCGUGCCGACCCCUCAGGAGCAGGACUCCCUCAGAGUGCUCCAGUACGUAGAGAAACAACUGGCUCACUUCAACCCUGCCAGGUCCAUCAGCCACCAGUGUAAGCUUCCCGAACCCGUGCCGUGGAUUUCUUCUUCAAAUUGCUGCCAGGAUCUCUCAGAGCAUGUUCAUCCGAUCAUUAGACAACGCAUGCUGCAUGAUCUUUACCUUUUCUUCUUUCUUUCAGGCUUUGUAUUCUCUCGAUCUUCCCUUGCCAUGUGUAUCUGCUCAAGCUCUCUUUAUAUUAGAUUUCCUUUUUGUUCAAAGUUGUUCAGUAAUAGGUGUGCAUGCUUACUUACACUAAAGCAUAUGUUUCCACACAUUUCACUUCAACAGUUUCUCCUGCAGCUGAUGACUCUGAUCUCCUUUUUCUGCACUGCAGGAUCUUCCUAAUGAUUGUUCUUCUCCUGUUGGAGUAAUGAUCUGUUUCAUGGUUCAUUUCUUUGCCUCAACCAUUUUUUUUUCAUUCUGACCCAUCCAGCCUGUAACCUGUCUGAGCUGAGCUCCCUCCAUGAGGGAGAAACUGGCUUUCGUCAAACAUACCGAAACGUCCAGAAGAAAGCUCUGCCGGCCAUCCCUGACCACGAGCCUGAGCCUGAACGUCAGCACUACCAUGACACCCGCAGUCCAGAGCCGCAGCGUUACCGGGAAAAUCCUCCUUCACCUCGACGGUAUCGCGAUGACCCCGACUCAGAGCCCCGACGGUGUCAGGAUGAGCCCCUUCCUCCACGGCGGUACAGUGAUGACCCUCCGUCCUCUUCACAGUCCCAGGGAGCUCCUCGUAAUCAACGGCAGAAGACUCACAGCGAUGAUGAAAACCACAAGAGGUACAGAGACUUCUUUUUGAGUGUUACUGUUUCUACAAUCACACAGGCAGGAGAAAAGCUUACUGAUUUCUUUCUUACCUCCGUCUUCAUGUUCAGAGAGGACUGCUGCUUUUUGUUUGAAUCAGACUGUUCCGAUCAGACCUCUUUUCCAUGGUUUCUCUUGUUAUUGGACUUUGAGUGGGAUUAUUUUGAGCAAAGUCUUUGUGAUAAAAAGAUUACUCAAAACCUUACAUGACCAAGGACUUCGCACUCUGCAGAGGAUUUCUAGCUUAGGAAAUAAAAGUUUUUCUGAUUGGAUUUUUCAUCCAAAUUUUUUCUGCAUGAAGUAAAUAAAAGUCAAAUGAACAGCUCACAAAGGAAGAAGAGCUGCGGCCUGUUUAAUGUAAUACUUAAUAGGCUGCAGAAAACUCCAUAUACAGUGCAUCAAUUCCCUGUUUCUCUCUGCCUUGUGUUUCCUUUUGCAGGUGGAACCCCCGAUCAGAGCAUCUUCACAGAAAGACGUACCGCCCUGAAGGCCGGACUGGCUCACUGGAUGAGCUGGAGGAGUUUGCUGCUUCAUACAAGCAGAGAGGAACCAGAGUGACAGACGUACGAGAAGCAGAAAGAGGCGAGUACGAGAUGGAGCUUCAGGAGUUCAGUCGGUAUCCUUCCUAUCGGGACUGUCCUGCUCAGUAUUAUCACAGCGAUGAAAAUGAGCUUGAAGACAGCAGCGACCGUGAAGAUCACACCAGGAGAAACAAGAAGAACAGACACAACAUAAGCCCGCUGUCUUCACCUAAAAAGAGGAGGGGCACUUGGGGCAGCGAGCGUCCUGUCCCGCCUCCUCCCAGAGUCAGUCCUCCGUCGAGUUCUUCUCAAGAGAAGGACUACGACAGCACCUUCCUGAACAAGCUGCUGGAGCGCAAGGCGAAGCUGCGAGGGGUCAGCCAGGGGAAAGGUGGGGCCCGAGGCGAGGAGGAUUCAGACACGCCCUCAAGAGGCAGCUCCAAAAAGAGCAGCGGGGAAUCCAGCCGGCAGCACAGCCGCUCGCCUAGUAACAGGCCCGAGGUGGAAUCACUGCCUUCUUAUUCAGAGACAGAUCGUAACAGAACUGACAGGCCAUCCCCUCGGCCACCUCCUGCUAACGCUCGCUCCUCUCCGGCCCCCGUUCACUCCCUACCCGGUCGCAGAGAAGAACCCAGAGACAAGAGCCGUAAAGUGGUGAGUGACGUUUGAGUCGAUAAAUCACUCUAAACAUGAUCCUGGUCGAAGAUCAACAGCAUCACCUUUAGUUUAAUAUCAGGUACAGGAAAUUUAUGAAGAUGUCUACCAGAUAAAUGCUAACAACAUGCUGUUUGGUGCUCAGUGUGUUAUUCCAGGACUCUAGCAAGGUGUUUUAAACAGAGAGACAUUUUCCUACAACCUUUGAGGUGCUCAGCAGCCUGACCCGAGAGGGUUGGAAAGUUUGCUCAGGUCGUUUUUCCUUGAACUGUUAGCUUAGCUUGCAGGGUCAAACAUAAAUUAUCUGUCAAACACAGACAAAAUGUUCUGGGUGGCUCUACAAUCCCAGUUUGGGCAAAAGUUUAACAUUUCCUCUGCUGUAUAAAAAUGUUGAAAUGAAGUUUCUCAUUUUAAAAUUAAAUUGGUAUCACAUUUGUAAAUACAAGGACUGUUGUUUUUUAAAAAUGUCUUUCAAAUUGCGUCUUUUUAAAGUAAGUUUAUAUGAUUUUAUUGGCACCAUCUUCAAUGCUCUGUGUAACGCAACAUGAACACAAAGGGAACUCUAGUUCAUCCUCUGUUUAUUCUUGAGGUUCCUAAACUAACUGGGCCGAAAAAUAUCAAAUUCAUGGCUAUUAGGAGGGUUUUAUGAUCCUGGAUUAAGCUUCAAAUAAUCCUCUUUUCUCGAUGGCAUGGAGAAAUUUUAUUUAAGGUUCCUAGAGAUGUUUUUUCUCACACAAAGCUAAAAGAAACAGAUCAGUAAGAUGUCAUGAUUCUUGCCCGUUAACAAUGAAAAAAGCCCCACGUGAGCUUGUGCAGUAAGCAUGUGCUGUUGCUGUUUGCAUCGCAGUAGUUUCUCAACCUUUUAGGCCUCUGACCUCAUUUUUACGACCCAAAAUGUCUGCAGCCCCUUCGCUCAGAGAUUAAAGGUGUCAUGUGAACUGGAUUAGGGCACAUUUGGAAGGAGCUCCAAGCUGUGUGGUACAGAAAACUUGAACCUUUUUUGUCGAUCUCUCCACGUUUUCUGAGCUCUGAGGUUGAGAAAUGCGUCUGACCGUUUAAAGAAGGUUUGUAGGCCUGAAGUAAGUGUUGUUGUUGUGCCUUUGACAGGUCAGGUUCAGAUGCUACCACAGUGAAAGCUAGGUAGACCCCUCUGUUUUGUAUAUAAUUACCCCGAGUAACAUUCAUAACUGUCCCUCCCUCUCAAACCUGGGCCAAAAAUGUUUCCAACAUGAAGUGCUGAAAUUUAUCCAGCAGAACCAGCUGAGAGAGGCUUGAAUCAAAUCCUCAAAUUAUACAGAGAAGACACUGUGAUGCAUUUUGUCCCAGGUUCUACUUCCCCAACAUAACUCUGUUUGGCUAAUGUUUAUCUCUUUUAUUAUCUCAUCUCACUAAAAAAGAAAAGUGUCCAAAUGUAUAAACUGUCUGUUGUUUUAAUCACUCACACUUUUCUGUCUCCACCAGAGCACUCUCCUUAGCCGGGAUUCCCUCAUCGUCUGA